AUUAUUUUUUACAAAAAUAUUUAGGAUCGGAGAUUCUCUGGAUCCCUGAAACUACGGCAUAGGAGCAUAAAUUCUCCUCGUAGAACAGUUACUGUUCAGUAGUGAAGUUCGAAUUUUUUAAACCAAUCACAUCACACUGAUCAAAUACGUCUCCCAGAAUAACAGUUAACAACACCGCCGGCGGGAAAUAAUUAUUACCGUUCUUGAUUAUCCGGCAUGAUCACUCGCACUCCCUUAUUUCAUCAAACCACUUGUUCAUCUCUCACACCCUUCUUCCACUUGAAAUAUAAACCUCACCCAUCUAAUUAUCUCAUCUAUCCCCGCUCAAAUCUUUCUACAAAACCCAUCAAAUCAUCUCAAACCCCCAUUGAUUUAACCCCAAAAAUCUCAUCUUUAGACUCUAUCAAGCCUUUUGUGACAUCAGAAUGGGAGAAUAUACUGAAGGGCUGGCUCUGCAGUGCAGUGUCAGUGUAUGCGUUAUCGAAAAUCGUGCCCCGGGUUGGGGAAUUCUCGAGUGUGAUGAGUAGAGGUGUGAUUGGAUUAAGACAGGAGGGGUUGAAGAUUGGAGGGUUGUUUUUUAUUUUAGUUGUUGCGAGUUACGGGCAGCAAGCGUUUUUGUGGGAUGCUGCUUUGAAUUGUGUGUAUAAGAUUAGAGUUCAUGUGUUUGAUAGGGUUUUGGAGAGGGAUUUGGUGUUUUUUGAAAGUGGGAAUGGUGUUUCAUCGGGUGAUAUUGCCUAUCGGAUCACUGCUGAAGCUUCUGAGGUUGCGGAUACUGUUUAUGCUAUUUUGAAUACUAUAGUACCAAGUACUUUGCAGUUAUCAGCUAUGGCUACUCAAAUGCUGGUUAAUAGCCCAUUGCUCUCGCUCAUCUCAGUCUUGGUGAUUCCGUCAAUGACUCUUGUCAUUACUUAUCUUGGGGAAAAACUUCAAAAGAUCUCAAAGGAGGGGAAUAUUAGUAUAGCUGCUCUCGCAGCUUACCUGAAUGAGGUCCUACCGUCAAUUCUUUUUGUCAAGGCAAACAACGGAGAGCCCUCCGAGAGUCUUAAGUUUCAACGUCUUGCUUGUGCCGACCUCUCUGAAAGAUUGAAAAAGAAGAAAAUGAAGGCCCUUAUUCCUCAGAUAGUACAAAUAAUAUACUUUGGUGUGUUAUUUAUACUUUGCUUCGGCUCUUUGGCAGUUUCAGGGGGCUCUUUUGAUUGCUCUCGCCUACUUGCUUUCAUGACAUCCUUGGUUCUAUUGAUUAGGCCAAUACAGGAUGUGGGUAAAGCAUAUAAUGAGUUGAAGCAAGGAGAGCCAGCUAUUGAACGUUUGUUUGACUUGUCAAGGUUCAAAUCUCAGAUGACUGAGAAACCAGAUGCAGUUGAUUUAGACUCUGUGAGAGGCGAUAUCACAUUUUACGACGUCUCUUUUGGAUACAAAGAAGGCAUGCCUCUUGUGUUAGAUGGAUUAAGUCUUCAUAUUAAAGCUGGAGAGACAGUUGCUCUAGUUGGGCCUUCUGGAGGAGGGAAGACAACCUUUGUUAAGCUUCUGCUUCGCCUUUAUGAUACUGUUUCUGGUUGUAUUCACAUAGACGAUAUCAACAUAAAUAAUAUGCGACUGGGAAGCCUGAGGAGACAUGUUGGUCUGGUUUCGCAGGAUGUUACCCUCUUUACAGGGACUGUUGCUGAAAACAUUGGGUACAGGGAUAUAAUGACCGAAAUUGACAUGAAGAGGGUGGAAGCUGCAGCAAGAACUGCAAAUGCAGAUGAGUUCAUUGAUAGACUUCCACAACGAUAUGCUACCAAUGUUGGACCCAGGGGAUCAACAUUAAGCGGCGGCCAAAGGCAAAGGUUAGCAAUUGCAAGGGCACUUUAUCAGAAUUCAUCCAUUUUAAUUUUAGAUGAAGCAACAUCGGCUUUAGAUAGCCGGUCUGAACUAUUGGUCAGAGAAGCUGUGCAACGCUUGACAGAAGACCAUACUGUCCUAAUAAUCGCUCACCGUUUGGAGACAGUUUUAAUGGCAGAACGAGUAUUACUUCUGGAUGCUGGGAAGUUGCAAGAAAUACCCCGCUCAUCUCUUCAGGUUGAUGAGAAGAUUUCGUUAACUUCAGCUGGGCUUGUAAUAUGAUAGCAGCAUAUAGGACUCAUUGAGUUUGUUGUUACAUAUUACUUUCUCCGUUACGUAAUACAAGUCAUUUUUGAAAAAAUUACACAUAUUAGAAAACUCUGACAAGAAUGAAUGUGGAAGAAAGUCCAUAUCUGUUCUUGGCAAAAAGCAAAGUAGUGGAAUUAAUUAUUAAAAAUUGUAUUGAAAAUAGAAAUGGUUAAGUAUUGUGGGACGAAAAAUUUCUUUAAGAUCGACUUGUAUUAUGGGACAUAGGAAAUACGUUGCUAUUGUUGGUUAAAUCCUUGGUCUGCUGGACAUGACAUUACUGCCGGUGUAGUAACCGCAGAUGUGAAUCUUAUCCUUUUAGCAUCUGCCUUUGAAAGAAAGGUGGAGUGUGGAAACUACAUUUUGUUUCAGCAAGUUUUAACAACACCGUGGCAGUUUCGUUUCCCCUCUCCAGGACUUUGCAUCUAUUGAAAAUGGUGUCGGAGCAUCAACCCAGGAAAUAAUGAACUUAGUCCCUCCUGAGCCGUGAAUUAUGUAUUUAUCCUUUCUUCUGUAAAAAUUUAGUGUGCAUUCAUCUUCUGUGGAUGUAAAAUGAGAUGCAACACGCGUGUCUUGCUUAUUGCUAUUUAUAAGUCAUUUUGAAUCUUUA